AGAAGGAAAGAGAGAAAGAGAGAACAAACUCCAGUUAUUUAUUAUGUUUAUAAAUUGCAGAUAUUUUCCUUCUGUAUGUAUUUGUUUUGAAGAAAGUACGUAUGUUUUCCCUCUCUUUACAUUCCGCAAAGACCCGUUAUGUUCGUCUUCAGGGCUUUCUCGUAUAUCGCCAGGCAAUUUUUUUCCCCUAAGAAGCUGUUUUAAGGGGUCAAGAGUGUUGAUGUAAGGGUCAUGACGCUUCGAGAGGGGAGAGUAGAUGGCCCGUGAAGGCAGUGUGCGUUUGGAUGACUCUUUCCCUCUCUCUCCGUCUCUCUCCGCGCUGACUCGUGGGAGGAGCGUCGGGGGAAAGGAGAAAGUUACUAUAUAAGAAUGGGAGAGGGUGGCAGGGGAACAGACGUCGGGGUGUUGGUAGUAGCCGUAGCUUCUCUUCCUCCUCCUGCUAUAGCGAGAGGAAGGACGUCUGCAGAAGCGGCUACGAGACCAGGAGGAUAAGGAGCCGUAUCUACAGGAGCGUGGCAGACUUCGGAGGCGCGGAAGUCGGCCUUGCGGGACAGCGAGCGGCCGGCCUUCAGAAACGGGAUACUAGUGACUUGCUAAGACUGGAAAGACCUGAUGCUUGCCCUGCCUUGAGGAACGAGGAUUGUUGACUGUUUUACGUUUUUUUUUCGGCUCAUCGUUCUUUGGUGUUUACCUUCUUGGCCCCUUCUGUUUUUGCUCCUCUUUCCUCCUCCUCUUGUGUCUUAUUCCUUCUUUCUAUCGAUAAAUCUCUUCUUUUUCCUGUUUUUUCCUCCUUUUUCCUCCACCUUUAAAACUAAUCCUCCUCUUUCGCUAUCUAUCUCAUUUCCGUUGUUUUCUCCUGUUUUUUAAUCCUUAUUCUCCCUCUUUUCGUCCGUUUUUCUAACCAUCUCUUCUUCUCCGCUGUCUACGCCUGUUCUCACUCUUUUCCUCUCCUCUAUCGUCACCCACUUCAAGGAAAUGACUGACCCACUGACUUGAAGCCGCGCUAGCUGAGGAUCAUCGGCUGCUGCUCCCCAACGCCCACCAUGAAGCUUACCUUGUUGAUGGUGGUGGCGGCGGCGGCGGCGGCUGCGGAGGCGUUGGUGAGGGAGAAGGCGAAGGCAACCACCCUGGAUGAGACCAUAAAAGUCGUCGCCGAAGAACUGACGAAGCAGACGAAAGGAACGCCGCUCAAGAUUGUCAAGGCGAAAGUGGAGAAGAGAAAAGCUGACCAAGGCAACGUCCCACCGCCUCCCUUGUACCAGCUGCCUCUGGAGUCGCCGGGCGAGACCUACACAUCCCCCUCCCAAGGCCUCCCCUCCGCCAGCGUCUCCUACAGUCCUCCCGCCGGGGGUGACAGCGGCGUCUUCAUCAAGUUCGGUCCCGCAGACGCCAUAACGGGAGGGUCCUUCGGGGUAUCCUACGCUGGUGGUGGUGGUGGUGGUGGUGGUGGAUAUGGUGGUGGAGGUGGAGUAGGAGGUGGAGGAGGAAGUGGAGGAGGAUAUGGAGGAGGAGGUGGUACUGGAGGAGGAGGGAGUGGAGGAGGAUACGGAGGAGGUGGUGCUACUGGUGGAGGAGGAAGUGGAGGAGGAUAUGGAGGAGGAGGAGGUGGUGGACAUGGAGGAGGAGUAGGAGGAAGUGGAGGAGGGUAUGGUGGAGGAGGCGGAAUAGGAGAAGGAGGAGGAAGUGGAGGAGGAUAUGGAGGAGGAGGUGGUACUGGAGGAGGAGGAAGUGGAGGUGGGUAUGGUGGAGGAGGAGGAAGUGGAGGGGGAUAUGGAGGAGGAGGUGGUACUGGAGGAGGAGAGAAGGAGGGAGGAGGAGGAGGAAGUGGAGGAUAUGAAGGUGGAGGUGGAGGAGGAAUAGGAGGAGGAGGAAGUGGAGGAGGAUAUGGAGGUGGAGGAGGAAGUGGGGGAGGAUAUGGAGGAGGAGGUGGUAGUGGAGGAGGAGGUGGACAUGGUGGCGGAAGUGGAGGAGGAUAUGGAGGUGGAGGAGGAGGAGGAGGAGGAGGAGGAUAUGGAGGUGGAGGUGGAGGAGGAAUAGGAGGAGGAGGAGGAGGAAGUGGCGGAGGAUAUGGCGGAGGAAGCGGAGGAGGAAGUGCAGGAGGAUAUGGUGGAGGAGGAGGAGGUGGAGGUUCUCUUACUGAAUCCUAUGGCGCUCCUCCGCCUCCCAAUACAUCCUACGGAACUCCUGAUGUCCCAAGUUCAUCCUAUGGCGUUCCCGAUGUCCCAAGUUCAUCCUAUGGCGUUCCCGAUGUCCCAAGUUCAUCCUAUGGCGUUCCCGAUGUCCCAAGUUCAUCCUACGGUGCCCCCGAUGUCCCAAGUUCAUCUUAUGGUGUUCCCGAUGUCCCAAGUUUAUCCUACGGCGUUCCUGAUGUCCCAAGUUCAUCCUACGGUGUCCCCGAUGUCCCAAGUUCAUCUUAUGGUGUUCCCGAUCUCCCAAGUUCAUCCUAUGGUGCUCCCGAUGUCCCAAGUUUAUCCUACGGCGUUCCUGAUGUCCCAAGUUCAUCCUACGGUGUCCCCGAUGUCCCAAGUUCAUCUUAUGGUGUUCCCGAUGUCCCAAGUUCAUCCUACGGUGUCCCCGAUGUCCCAAGUUCAUCCUACGGUGUCCCCGAUAUCCCAAGUUCAUCCUACGGUGUUCCAGAUGCCCCAAGUUCAUCCUACGGCGCUCCCGGUGGAGGAGGAAGUGGAGGAGGGUAUGGAGGAGGAGGUGGUUCUGGAGGUGGACAUGGAGGAGGAAGUGGAGGAGGAUAUGGCGGUGGAGGAGGAAUAGGAGGAGGAGGAGGAGGAAGUGGAGGAGGGUAUGGUGGAGGAGGAGGAAGUGGAGGAGGUGGACAUGGAGGAGGAAGUGGAGGAGGAUAUGGUGGCGGAGGAGGAGGAGGAAGUGGUGGAGGAUAUGGAGGUGGUGGCGGUGGAGGAAUAGGAGGAGGAAGUGGAGGAGGAUAUGGAGGUGGUGGCGGUGGAGGAAUAGGAGGAGGUGGAGGAGGAAGUGGAGGAGGAUAUGGUGGUUCUGUGGCCCCCAGUUCAUCCUACGGUGCUCCUGCGGCCCCCAGUUCAUCCUACGGGGCCCCAGGUGGAGGUGGUUCUCUCACCUCCACCUUCUCUGUGAUCCAUCUUGGUGGAGGAGGAGGAGGAGGCCAUGGUGGAGGAGGUGGCGAUGGCUAUGGUGGAGGUGGAGGAGGAGGUCAUGGUGGAGGAAGUGGAGGAGGGUAUGGUGGAGGUGGAGGAGGAGGCCAUGGUGGAGGAGGUGCUACCUCUUAA